AUGGACACUCCAGUGACAGACAAUGAACGUGGAAACCAACCAAUUUCACUUCGAAAACGAAGAAGGGCACGGCGCAAAGCUAUAAUGAAGGUUUUGUUUUUGGACUACACUCAAAACACUACACUGCAUGGUUUGAAAUAUACUACAGAAAAGGAUAUUCACGUUACAGAGAGAGUAUUUUGGAUGCUUACUUUCUCAUUGAGUCUAGGGAUGUGCUUGUGGUUGAUUCACAACGUUUGGCACAAAUGGGAGACCAGCCCCGUAAUAGUCAGUUUCAGUGAAAAAAUAGUCCCGGUUGAAAUGGUACCAUUCCCAUCAUUGACAGUAUGCCCUCAAAUAAAAUCAAGAGUGACAGUCUACAAUUACACGAAAUAUUUCAAAUUAUAUUUUACGGGGAACGACCUACCUGACACUUAUAACUCGUAUUCAAAUAGCAGUGCAAACAUCACGUCAGAUAUACGAAGUCCUCAUGACAUGCAGCGGUUUCAGGAUGUCAGUCUCAUCUGUCCUUUACCAUUUUACAUUCCAACGUAUGAUUUUGAUGCUCUCCCCGGACCAGACGUAACUAAUGCUUCUACAAUCGAUGAAAUUAUUAGAGUAUCACCAACACUGGAUUAUUUUCAAGACUGCUACUUUAUGGGAACCAAGAAAGAUUGUUCAGAGUUAUUUUCAAGAGUGCUAACAGACGAAGGCGUCUGUUUCAAUUUCAAUGGUUUAGCCGCUGAUGAGAUAUUUCGUAUGGAGAAUAUUCAAAAAGAUUACAAAUACAGCGACGUUGAAAAAAGAAGUUCUGGGUGGGACCCCAAUACGGGAUAUGACAACAGUGAGAAUGUUGACUAUUUAAAACAAUAUCCUUACAGAGGUCAGUAUACUCGGGAUCGGCCUUAUUUAGAAGUCAUUUUGACGACUCCCAAAGAAGAUUACGACGAUUACUGUAAUGUCAUUAAUAAAGGAUAUAAAGUUUAUGCGCAGCACCCAGCCAGCCACCCUCAAUCUUCAGUGUACUCCUACGCGAUCCUACCUGCACAAUUAUCUGCUUUGGCCUUGAAAGUCAAUAUGAUGAAUACUUCGGAAAAACUUUUCAAUUAUGAUUCUGAAAUAAGACAAUGUUUCUUCUCCAAUGAGAAAUACUUGAAAUACUUCAAACUGUACACCUCGAGCAACUGUUUGCUGGAGUGUAUGUCUAACUACACAUAUAAAAUGUGCCAAUGUGUGUCAUUUCAUAUGCCUUAUACAGACAGCAGAUCUAUAUGCACAUUGCAAAAAGCUGAUUGUCUCACAGAAGCUAGAGGAUCCAAUAGAAAAUUGAUUGAAUACAUAGAGGAGUGUGAAUGUCUUCCCAACUGCAAUAGCGUGACAUAUGAAGCGGAAAUUUUGAAAACCGAAUUCCAUUUGGAGAAGAGUAUGACAAAUCUUUUCAAAAUGUCCACUGGAAUGGACGAUGUUGCAGACUAUUUCAACGGGUAA